AUGACACCGAAUUGGGAUAUACAAAUAAGAAUAUUUUGUCAAAGGCUACGUCCACAAAUAGUUGAGUCAAACACAGAACUUUAUUUAACAGUUCAAACAGCUAAAGGUUCUAUUUUACUGAUUGUGGACAAGCUUGUGCCAUAUCAUGUUCAGUUUAUCCUUGAAGAAGGUCAGGAGAAUCUGCAAAACUUGCUCAAUGAAUACGUAAAAUCUUCUUUUAAAAAUUUGGAUACAACUAUAACCAGCUUGUUCAAUUCAUGUUUACAAAAAUGGGAUACUUUUGCGAGCACAAGAAUGGAUUCAUCUGAACUCACUUCAGAUAAUGGACAAGGUAAACAAGAUCCUUCUAGGCAAGAGAAAAAACAUGUCGAAUCCACUGAGAAAGUCGUUAGUAAUUUUUCAGACUUAAGCAUUAAAGAGAUAGUUCUCCCCAAAGACUCUUCCCGUUCAGGGUCUAAAAAUGUGAAGAUAAAAUCUUUAGGUAAUGAGAAAGAAGGUGACUCAAACGAGGGUUUACCAAGUUCAAAUAACACAAUCUCUCAGCAAAAAAUACCUGAAAGGGAAGGUUUUGAUCAGGAUAAUGAACGCCAAGUCCCUGCCUCUCAGAGCGAUCAGAUACCCAGACAAGUCAAAACAUUACAACUUCAAGGAAAUGACUACUCUCUAGAGUUAACAGGUCUUAAUCUGAUGAAUGUUGGUGUUUUAAAAGCACCGAGGCUGAAAUUGGUGGUAAAAUGUAUUCGCUGUCACUACGGGAAUGAGGUUGCUGUUCAAGAAAAAUAUUCCCUUUCUUGUUUACGGUGUAAUAAUGGUCUUCAAGUCAUUUGGUUAUCAGGAACCAUUCAUGUGAAUUCACCAAGAUUGGGUGUGCUUGAUUUAGUAGGAUGUGCACCCGUUGAUGUUUUACCAAUUGACUGUUUUGUUUCAUGUUUGGAAUGUACAGAUGAGCAAGAAAUAGUCUUCAAAGGACUUUCCUCUAUGCAGCCCAUGGCUCAAUUUUGCAGAUCAUGCAGGACAAGAACAUUAGUUCAGUAUCAGGAUACAAAAUUUCAGUUACUGAAGCAACGUGAACAAGCCUUUGGUUACCAGAAACCUUCCAAUAAAAGCAACAAACAAAACCUUGGGAUCGUAAAAGGUACGCCCCUUCCUAAUCGCGGUGCUUGUGAACACUACAAGAAGUCAUAUCGAUGGUUUCGUUUUCCAUGCUGUAAUCGAAUCUAUGCUUGCGAUAAGUGUCAUGAUAUUGAUCAAGAUCACCUAAAUGAGUAUGCAAAAAGGAUUAUUUGUGGUUAUUGCUCCUUUGAGUCUAUGUACACCAAAGAAGGAACAUGCUCGCGUUGUGGAAACUUCACAACACGUCGUCAGAAAAGUGCUUUUUGGGAAGGCGGACAAGGAAUGAGAGAUCCAAUCCGAAUGAGUAGAAAAGACCCCAGAAAGUACAAAAGAGUUACUUAA